AUGGAACCGGCAUCAACAUUUGGCUCAUCCUCUCAUGAGGCAAAGAAGAGGACCACUCCGUCGCUACUUGACUGCACCAAUGUCUUCAUUGUCACCUCCAGUUCAGAACAGGCGUUAUGCAAGAUCCCAACCAACUUGGUAGUAGACCCAUUCAGGCAGAAAAGGCUGCAUCACAAAUCCAAGCGUGGAUGUGACCAGUGCAGGAAACGACGAGUAAAGUGCGAUGAGAGAGUUCCAAGAUGCUCGGCAUGCACCCGCCGGCAAGAGCCUUGUAGCUGUUGGAUUUCUGGCAGCCGUAGGCGAGAUGUUGAAAGAUCGCAGGAGAUCCUUGCUGUUGACCAAGUACCCCGGAGCGUCUCACAACAACACAAGCUGGUAUCGGAUGAGGUAGUCAACUUGCUACACAUGAAGCUCUUUCACAAUUUCCAACAUCAAACGAUUCCUACCCUCCUCUUUGACUCGGAUGCCUGGGAAAAUGCCAUGCAGCUAUCCUUUAGCUUCCCCUCUCUAAUGCAUGCCAUACUUUGUGCGUCGUCGAGGCAGCUGUCGUUUCUCUUCCCUGACGAGCAAAAAUAUGCUACAGCAGCAACCACUCAUUUGAUAAAGACACUCUGCCUCUUUCGUGACGACCUUUCCACUAAAUUCACCCCGUCCAAUGCCGAUGCAUUCAUGGUCACGACUGCGCUGCUGCACAUGGAGAUGUGGUCCAAUGUCGAAUUUGUGGUGUUUGGGCCUGACGGGACAAUGUCAUAUGAUCCUCUUCAAGACCGUCUUUUCCAACACAGCCUAGGUGUCUUGCACGUAUUCUUGAACUGUACUCCUAUUUCCUUGCAGGAAUCAUCACCAUUGAUGCCGCACAUUAGGCAUAGCUCUCGGAAUGUCCUGGUCAAUGCCGCAAAGCUGAGUAGAAAGUCACUGGAAAACUUGAGGUGGUUUUUCUCAUAUGAACGACCUCUCAGUUUAUCCCUCCUUUCCGUGCCUCUCCCCUUUGUUCGCGACUCCGACCUUGCCCCAGAAGAUAUCUGGACCGUUGAGGUACCAAAGCUAGCGGAAAUAGGCCCUUCUAAGUCUAAAGAAGCAGGCUACUCUUUGAAAGGGUAUUAUGGCAUUGUGGAUCGCCUUUGCCUCAUAUUAUCCUUCCUUCCAGAGGCACAAGAUGAGGAAUAUGAGGGCCUGAGCCCCGAGUUGGCAACAAACCUUUCUCGAUAUCUCAUCAUCUUCCCUGUUCUGUGCGACCAACAGUUCGUCUCGAUGGUGAGGCAUGGGGACCCUCACGCAAUGGUCUUAUUGUAUCACUUUUAUCGCGCCGUAAGGAUCCUUGUUCCUUCAACAGAGCAUUGGUGGGCACAAAGAAGGGCUAGCUUGGCAGAGACAGCGAUACAGCAAUGGCUAUUCCGAGAGUGCGCUAGAAACGGAGUAUGA